AUGCCGGCUGGUCCUUCACCUGCUCGUGAACUCUUUGAGAAGUUGGCGGAUGACUUCAGGUUCGAUCGUCUGGUGGUGGACCAUAUCUUGGACCUGAAGCUGGAAAGCCUGAGAGUCCGAGCUGGAGAAGGCCCUCAUUCAUUGACGGAGUUGCCAACUUGCUUCAGCGUGGUCGAGACCUUUAAGGCAUGGUGUCACUUCAUUCCCUGGGACGGUUUCCGCUUCCCAAUCAUUGCCGACCUCCUGCAGGCUGACACUUUUAGCCGUUUGCCAGCAGGCCCUCGUCUUAUGGGAGCCCGCAUGAGCAUUGGCACGCAGACGGGUGCGGUAGCCUCAGCCAAAGCUGCCCCUUCCUUGGUGACACGGGUGCUGUCUGCACCGGGCGCCGACUGCCCCAAGGGAAAGAGUGUCGUCUGCACUGAUACAGUCAGCACUAGCAACUUGAACUCCAACCCAAGGUCGGAAGUGAGCAAUGUGGGAACCGUGUUGCAAGUGCAGAUUCUCGAGACGCCACCCAAAGAGCCGCAUCCCAAGCGGCAGGUCGACGAUGUGCUGCCUGUGGCCACACCGGUUCGCAGUUCCCUUCAAGCCAAGGCGAAGCUGUCGGAGCCAGACACUGUGGUCACCACGCCAGUCAUGAAGCAUCGUUUUUCCACACCUGGCAGGCCCUUGGCGCCCUCGCAGACGUCAUUCUCCAGGAUGUUUUUCAGUCCUGCUCCAGUGGUGAAACAGCCCGAGCCGGAGCGGAAGGCGCCAGCUCCAGUAGCAGCGGCGGGGACCGCAGCAUCGGUUCCGGCGCCGGUGCCGGCGUCGGUGAUGGCAACCAAGGAUGAAAAGAUGGCGAAAUCUCCUGAAAGUCAGCCUGCAACAGAUGGGUCUGUUGGGGAGACGACACCAGUCACUCCAGUGUCAUUGCACAAGAUCUCAGCAGCUAUCUUUGGCAAUCGGGGGGCAGUGGAGUGCUUCAGGGGCCGCGUUCGCUAUCGCAGGGGACCAACCGCAAAGGCAGAAGCCACUGCUAAAGCCAAAGCGAAGAACACGAAGGAACAGGUUGGCCGGCCAAGAGGAAAAAGAAGAAACCUUGCUGUCAAGGUUGUUGGAAGAAAAGCCAUGGCCAAAGCGAAAGCAAAAAGUGCUUCAAAGGCCGCUGUGAUGAGAGGCAAAGCUAUGAAGGCGGUUUCAGCUAGGCGAAGACGAGCAAGACCUGUCCCAGAGGUAUCUCGUGAAGAUCCAAUGGAAGUUGUGAAGGACCAGGCGGACCCGGCGGACCUGGCGGACCCGGCGGACCAGGCUGGAGGUCGGCCGAUGCGAAUGAUACUGGCUGGAAAGGAUGCCUUGAAGACUGCCAGUCGCAAAGCACCAGAGAUUCCGCCGCCGAGGAUUCGCAGCGCAGCAGCAGCAGCAGAUGAAGGCAAAGAAAGCGAGGAUGAACUGCCCCUGAGCCGCCUCAUUGAGCAAAAGGCACCGGUAUCAAAAGUGCCUGCUCCCACUUCGUGGUCUGAGCAGCUUUCGUAUCCCUUGGAAAGUGCCAAGUUCCCGAUCCGUAUCUAUCCCAUGGGCCAGGCGCCCCAGGACGAAGAUGAUCCAUGGUCCUCGUGCUCGGAGCCCGAGGAUGACGAUCUGCUGGACGCGGGAAAGGGCUGCGUCACAGAGUUGGUUUGGUGCAGAGAAAGCUUCUAGAGGUACCAAAGUACAACCGGGUGCAGUUCUGAGGCACCAGGAUUUGCAGAUGUUCGGCGAGUUUUUGUAGUAGUAACAUGUAGUAACCUUCUGAGGGGGGGCACCUGAUUUGGCAGGGAACCGUGGGGAACCCAUUUUAGGAGGGUUCUUCGCAUCUUGAUCCUAUCGUGGUACCUACGACACGAUGUGCUGGGGGGAAGUCUUCGCGCCGCUUCGUUUGGCAGGUGAGAUCUGUGCGCCAAAUCUCACCCGCAGUGGAGCAGUUGAGCAUGUGAGAUUUUGAGUCACUUAAUGACAGGCAAUUGGUAAUCAGCAAGAGCUUGGAAAUCCGAGGGAUGGUCUGAGUUCA